AUGGGUGGAUGUGUAUCUUCUGUUGGAGGUUAUUCCAAUUCUACCUCCACCGCUACUGCUAAACUCAUUUCACUUCAUGGAGAGCUACGUGAAUAUUCCGCUCCCGUUACCGUCUCCCAAGUUCUUCACUUCGAGUCGUCUUCUUCUUCCUGCUUUGUCUGCAACUCCGACAGCUUGUACUACGACGACUACAUCCCAGCCAUGAAUGCCGACGAUGAACUUCUGCCUGGUCAGAUCUACUUCCUACUCUCCGCCACCAAGCUUCAGUACCGCCUCACUGCCUCCGAGAUGGCCGCCUUGGCCGUCAAGGCCAGCAUUGCCCUCCAAAAUCACUCCAAAAAGGCUGGGCAUCGCCGCAAUAACAAGUCCCGGAUUUCUCCAGUUCUGGAAGUGAACCAGAAAGUAAUGGAGGCGGAGGUUGGGGGAGUGAAAAAGAGUUUUGAGAAGCCUGCUCUUGGCGUUUCCAGGCAUGGGUCUGUGAGAAAACUGCAGAGACACUCGUCCCGACGAGCUCGCAUGGCGGUUCGAUCCUUCAGACUCAGGUUAACCACCAUUUACGAAGGCUCCGUCCUCUAG